AUGGAUAUCAAAAAACUAUUUUUUAAUGUUAUAAAAAUAAAUCAUUUGGCUCAGCUUAUCUUUCAUUCACCAAUCAAUGAUAGUGAUGCAACCUAUCAAGAAAAAGUCCUAUCGUUGAGCAAGUUCAAAUACCAUCAUUGGACAGACCCAAAGGAUAUGAUAGAUCAUGGUUACGUGUCACUAUUGGUCGACAAGAUCGAGCAGAAAAACAUUAUUCUUCAAACGUUUCAAAACCGAUUGCCGUACAUCUGUUUGAAGAUCACUGACCUGGAGACUUUCAAAACCAUUUACAACCAAACGAAAAUUCAGUUUACAUCAUACAAAGAUCAGCACGAUCUAAUCAUGAAUAUCGUACAGGCAGGCAAUGUGGAGAUUCUCAAACUAUUUCUUGGCAAUUCUGUCUUUGAUCCUCUAAAUGGUUACAAAUAUAUGUGGCUGGCUAUCUCUUAUGGUCAUACGUCGAUAGUGCAUUACCUCUCUACGGUGAAAGGAGUUGAAAUCAAUUUCAGAAUGAUUCACAUCCACUAUGAAAGUCGUGAAAUAAGUGUAUCAUAUAUCAUGAAUCUUUGGGUGAACGACGCCGACAACCAUUAUUGUAGAAUGCUGGAAACAUUUAAAGCCAAUGACCAGUCUCAUUUUUUAGAAAAAUUGCACCAUGAAAUUAACUCACCUUAUUGGUGUGAUUUUCUAAUUCUUGGAGAUCCCUCUUUAUAUCGUCCAGGCAAAUACGGUGAUAUCGGUGAUAGGAAUAAUAUCAAAUUACCAUUGAUAGUGAGACACCCAAUCAAUAUUAGAAUUCAACUGUUGGCAACGGUUUUACUCUAUGAAGAAUCAGAUUACUUUACCGAUAUCAACACUCGAAUUUCAAAUGUAAUUGAAAGGACAAAAACAAAAUAUCCUCAUCUACCAGAGACAUUUGGAAGAGACAACAAUAUUGAACACUUGUAUUACAUAUAUUUGGCAUUGUUGUUUGAUUGCCGACACAGAUUCGAGCAAUGUAUUGACUUUACCAAUGUCAUUCCAAAGUUGAUUGAAAGAGAGUUGGCAUUGGCAUCAAACGAACCUUCAGCCAUUCAACAAACAUUGAACAACCUAUUUACCUACCUCAACAAUGAUCGGUCCUUUGCCUACAGUAAAUAUAUUCUCUAUAAAAAAAGUGAAGCCAAUUUUAUUCUUGUUACCGCCAUCGGAGAGGUUCGUAAACUAUAUCCUAGGAUUUUAGCUCAUAUGAUGAAUGACAGGAAUUUCGACGCGGCAAUUGCAGUACAAUUUGUAUCAUGGUAUAAAAAACUAGAUGGGUUUGUUCAGAUUAAUAUAGAAUUGGAAUGUGCAACAGUUAAGUCUUUGGAAUUUGUUCUCACAAAUCAUUCACAUCUCGAUGAGGUCUACGGUUCAUUUACUAUUUCCACAAAGAGUCUGCGCCAUCUUCUUAACAUUCCGUUUAAUUGGCUGAUAGAGAGGAUCGAUCACCAAUUUUUGCAAAGAGUUUUAUUCCCACGUUUAUUUCAGAGUGCUGAAUUUGUUGGCAAUCUAAGUCAUUUCGCGAUCCGUUUGUUCUCAUCACUACCUCUAGUUGGCAUGGUUGAUGUUGGUUCAUUUGGAUUUUCACAUCACCAUUUUUGUCAUCUGGAAGCGUUAGCAAACAACAUGAAUGGUUCAUUCGGCACCAAUCUGAAUUCAUUAGAUCUCGCACUCUCUGGAUCCAUUGAGAUCUAUAGGCAUCUAAAAAAUUGUGAAAAUGAUAACUUUAAAAAGAUUUCGCUACCGACAAACUGGGAGAGUGAAACCCUCAAAGCUAUUGGUCAAUAUAAAGCAUUGGCAACACAUAAGGAGCUCUAUGAAGCACUAACAGCAAAUCCUAAUAAUAAUCUUAUAAACCACGAGCCACAAAAUAUAGAUAUGGAUCCACAUGCAGCAGCAGGAGCUCUACCACCAGACCCAUCCGAAUUUACUCAACUAGAUCAAUGA